UUUCAUUAGGCUUUGGGCUUAAACCCUAUCCACACUCUCGUGCUCGCUCGAGGCUGGAAUUGGCCGCCUCCACACCGCUCCCAAGCGAUCAAGGCGAUUAGAUCGGCGCUCGCGGCCCUGGAUCCUCCUCGCAUCAUCGAAAUGCCGGCGCUGGCGCUGGGAAUGGGGGUUGGGCGCUGCUAGGAAAUCGGCGACGGAGGUGGGGUUUUAGUCUUAGAUGCUGCUUGCAGAGAUUUGCGGGGGAGGAAUUCGCCUUCCAGAUGGACUGCUCGCUUGCCACAUAUCGUUGCGGCCAUCAGCUUGCGAGUUUUCUCUGGUUCCUCUACUCGCCGUCAUAGAAACUUAAAAGGUCCUAUCCAGGUACUUCACGAGAGAGAAUAUAGAUCAAGUUCUUCUGGUCCACACAGGUUCUUCACGAAGCAAAUCAAAAUAUCUGCGAUAAGCCAACUUUACGCAAGUUCUUUAAAUGACUUGAAAACGGAGGUUUUCUACACAGGUACAAGAGAGAAGUAGAAAUAGUUCUAGAGAAGGAAAAGCGGGGACUUUGAUGGAGAGACCUUGCGACUUUUGUGGAGACGAACGAGCCACUGUCUACUGCAAGGCCGAUGCUGCGCUCCUGUGCCUCUCGUGUGACCGCAACGUUCACGAUGCAAACGCUCUCUCCAGGAGGCACUCGAGAACUCUGGUGUGCGAUAUGUGCGUCGUCCAGCCUGCUGUGGUUCGCUGUGGAGCGGAAAGCAAGGCCUUUUGCCAGGCCUGCGACGGCAAAAGACACGCAGAGUACCGAGCUAUGCACCACAAGAGGCGCGCUAUUGUAUCCUACACGGGAUGUCCUUCGUCGGCGGAGCUUGCUCGGCUAUGGUACUGUGAUGUGUCCGAUGAACCAGGUGGGAAUGGAAGUGGAAAUGGAAGCGGGAAGGGAUCUACGUCUAAAUGUCUGGAGACCUUUCAAGGCUGGGUACCGGCAUCAAGUCAGUCGCAGCAGCAGCUCCACCACCCUUCAACUCCACAGAGCCGGGAGAAGAAGAUCUUCCAGCAGCUGAUGAUCUUGCAAAAUCGGCCCCCACAGCAGGGACUCGGGCAUCAACAGCGAGAGAAAGCCAUCACGCAAGCACAGACUUUGAUGCCUCCACCUCCACCGAGGCCUUCGACGAGCAGCAGCAACGGUGUUGCGGAGAUCCAGUACCAGACGGCUCAACUUGGCCUCCACAGCCCGUCCUCAAAGCCCGAGAGUGGCGAGAUUUUUCCUCAGCAGGGUGAGAACGCCUGGAAGGCAGCGAGUCCAGACCAGCAGCUCUGGAACAACGCGCAGGACAUGGGAAUCGAUGAUAUCUGCAAAGCGCUGACGGCUGACGACGUGAAUGUCUUUGACAACUACGAAGAUCUUUUCCUCUCGGCCCAGGACGCCGCUGGAACCCCGUUUCAAGACAUUGGAAUCGCGUGCCCGAGCAUGGCUCCGGCCAUGAGCUCCAAGAGCAUGCAAAACGGAUGCUCGAGCAUGGACACUGCAAACUCUCUCCAGUCGGACGCUUCCGAGUCGGCGUGUAGAGGCCCUUUCCAUCCGGCAGCAGCAGCGGGAAACGUCCAGUUCUCUCCGAGGCCGGCUUGCUCCAGUGGAGUGAGCGGAGAUAGCAGUGGCACUGAGUACGCGGACUGUGCUUCGGUGUUUUACUCGGCUGGAGAGCUGUGGAGCUCGACUAGCUCCGAUCCUGCGGCGGCCUCGGAGGCAAGAGGGAAUGCCAUGCUCCGGUACAAGGAAAAGAGGAAAACUCGCAAAUACGAGAAACGAAUCCGGUAUGAAUCUCGCAAGACUCGUGCUGAUACAAGACGGCGGAUAAAAGGCCGCUUUGUGAAAGCCGGGCAAGUCUACGACUAUGAUCCGCUCUCUACAACGAGAAGCUACUGAAAUUCUUUUUGGAACUUCUUAUAUAUGUAUUGUAAAAUCGUCUAAAGCUUCAAAAAUGUUGUAUAUAAUUUGCUGUAUAAUCCCAUACCAACUUAUUCAAGUA